AUGUUGAGCUUUCUUGCCUACCUCGUUUGUGUAGAACCAAAACAGCUCGAGAAAAAGACUUGGUUCCAAGACCAUUUUGUUGAGGCCGGACCUAUAUUCUCACUUUGUUUGUUUGUUUAUGUUUAUCUAGGUCAGGAAUUUUCCUACGAUGCGGAUCUGGACAAGUACUCCGAGUUUGAACUUCUGAGGAUGGUGAAGAGUUUGGAGAGAGAGAGGAAUAACUUGUAUAGUGAUCUGAGGAACAAGAGUUGGUUGUUGGAUAACCAGUCGAAAGAGUACCACCACCUGAAGGAGCUGAUCCGCGCCUACACGGGCGACCUGACCAUCGUGAACCGGUCGCUGGAGCACAUGUGGCGCCAGAGGAGCAUCAGCCGGGACUCGGGCUUCGCCGGGGGCGCCACGCCCGUCACCUCCCCGGGGGGCGUCAAGUGGAGGUCGGUCAUAGGUGUACUCCGUGACAUAAGCACUCAAAACCUCACUUCCGGACCGAAAACACGAAAAAGUGAUUUUCCUGACGCGUCUCGCCUGCAGGAGUACCACCACCUGAAGGAGCUGAUCCGCGCCUACACGGGCGACCUGACCAUCGUGAACCGGUCGCUGGAGCACAUGUGGCGCCAGAGGAGCAUCAGCCGGGACUCGGGCUUCGCCGGGGGCGCCACGCCCGUCACCUCCCCGGGGGGCGUCAAGUGGAGCAGCGGUCAGUCCGGCAUCCGCCCAUCGCAGCGCAUCCUGGACCCGCGCAAGGGACCCAUCCGGAAGACGGUGGGCGUGCGCUCCCUCCCGCGCCUCGACCAGGAAGCGCUCGAUUACUACGACGCCGCAGGACUCAGCAGAAAGGCGCGAUCCAGGUCGCGAGGACGAGCGAGAACCCGGGCCAAGUCGCUGGAGGCCAAGAAGGAAUCCGACAGGCUGAUGAGGGAGGACGAGCGGGCCAAGUCGUCGGGCGAGGUCGUGUCGCAGAGGUCGUCCUCGGGGGUGUUCGAGGAGUCGUCGUAUGAGGCGAGCAACGAGGCCUCCACCAGCGCCUCCGUCGAGCUCGGGUCGGAGAAGUGAGCGAAGGGAGGAAGGGAGAGGAUAGGGGAAGAGGAUGGGAGAGGAUAGAUGGAGA